AUGGACCCUUAUCGAGGCAUGAGUGCAGCAUACCCUCCCAUGAUGAACUCGAUACCUCUCACUCCCAGCUAUCCUCCUCCUCUACCCGGCAACCCGCCAGCCCCUCCUUACGACUACUCGGGCAUGAAGCAAACCCCGCAGCAGAGCAUGAUGUUUCAACACCCCGCAAACUUCCCCCGCGGCUUUCCUUCUGCAGCUCAGAGCACACCGACUCUUGCCCAGCAGCCUCUCGAGCUGCGUCAGCAGCCUCCAGACGAGGCGAGAUACGAGCAGCAGCUUCCUCCAAGCUCGCAGAUGGCGCAGGAGGAGCGAUACCCGAAGCUUUCUUCUCGAAAGUCUGGCUACACGGAUGACGAGGAAAGCAUGGCGGCUGUUCCCCAGCAGGUGGUGGUGAGCUCUCCGGCUGCGUCUGCCCUGAAGCCUCAGAAGCCUCAGGCAUCCGGCGGGUAUGAAGCGCAGAGGGCAAAGGAGGAAAGUUCGGCUCCCCCUUCCUCCCGAGCUCAGCCCCAGCUGGAGCUAGCAUACAAUCUCUACACCUCAAGACAACAGGGCAAGGCUAUCGCAGGCAGCGAGUGGGAAGAAACGUCAUCCCUCAUUCAAGGGGGGCUCGCCGACAUCAACGUCAACGUGCAGGAGAGGUCGCUUGAGGCAGCUCGGAGCCCUCCAGCCCCAGCUGACCUCGACCUGCAGGCCUGUCAGCAAUUCUCCUCAGCCUCAGCUGAGCAGGUGGUCAAGAAGGGCUUCGCCUCUCCCAAGACUUCUGCCAAGACGCAGCAGCUUGUCCUCAAGAUGAUCGAAGCCGAUUGCUCCUCCUCCGUGAUUCCUGUGCUCGUCACCUGCAUGACCUGGAAGCAUGCGAAGACAGCAGCAGCGUGUGUUGAGACUGCUCUCAAGGCCCUGGAGCUCUUUGGAGCUGAGGUGAUCAAUGCAAGAAAUUGUCUUCUCCCGGCUUGCGUGGAGAUCUUCGACAGCAACGUUCCUCAGGUUCGAAGUCUGGCACUUCCUCUCGCUGUUGCUCUCGUUCAGCAUCUGGGCCCUGGCAUCCGCACUUCCUUCGGGCGUCUCCGGGGGGUUCAGGCCAAGGAACUGGAUGCUGCGCUUGCCAACGUCCCAGCUGGUCGUCCUCGACCGAGGAGGGCAACCCGGAGCACCAAGGGGAAGCUUGCUUCCAGCUCGAAGCCAGCUGGAAAGAGAGGGGACUUGAAGGGGCACACGAAGCAGCGCCAGGAGCUGGAGGAGGCGAUGGAAGACGGGGAGGAGGAGGAGGAGGAGGUAGAGGUAGAGGUCGAUCUACUCACGAAGCUGGGGAAGAGCUGGGCGACACAGGUCCUCAAGGUUGCCAAGUGGCAGGAGAAGCUGGAGUUUCUCGAGAAGAUCCCUGCCCUCUGCCAGCCCUCAGGUGCAGGAAGCUUCCGCCUCGUCCCCGGGGACUUUUCGGAGGUCGUCAAGAGUUUACGGGUCUUGACGGGGGACUCCAUGGUCCUGGUCGUGUCAGCCGCCGUCAAGGGCCUGCUGGGGUCCGGGCUGAAGGAGGAGUUUGCGGGCUCGUGUAAGAUGCUGUGCCCUCUGAUGCUGGACAAGCUCAAGGACAAGAAUCGAGGAGUGGUGGAAGCAGUUCAUGUCACCCUGGAUCAGUGGUUGCAGCGAUGCUUCACGUUCGAUGAUGUGGUUGACCCGAUCUCAAACGCCCUCAGCAAAGGAUCGACGCCCAAGGAUCAAAAGCAGGGGGCAUCGGUCUCCCCUCUUCCCUCUGUGAACCUGUAUGUGCUUGAAGUUCGCGACGCUGCGUUCGAGGCUACGACUGCGCUCAUGGGACUCGCUGGAUCAUCACUGGUGCUGAACCUUGCUGAGGAGCUGCAAGUCGACCCGAAGAGAAGAAAGAAGCUCAUGAGCAUGGGAUCCGGCUAG